AUGCAAGCCCGCACUCUGGGCCUUGCAGCAUCGUUCAUUCGUGGAGGGACAUCGAAGGGCGUGUUCCUCCGUAGAAACGAUAUACCGAGAGAUAUCUCUGAGUGGAAACCCAUCUUACUCGGCAUCAUGGGCUCGCCAGACCCAGAGUAUGGGCGACAGCUGGACGGUAUAGGCGGGGGCGUGUCCAGCUUGAGCAAGGUCUGCGUUGUCGGCACGGCUUCUCCCGAGCUGAGGGAGCAAGGCGUCGAGUACGUAGGCAUUCGCGACGACGCCAUCGACAUCUCGGGCAACUGCGGGAACCUCUCGAGCAUGAUUGGCGCCUAUGCACUCGACGAAGGCCUCGUGGACCGUCGGUCGGGCCUCGACAAGCGAACAGUGCGCUCAUUCAACACGAAUACGCAGAAGAUCAUCGACACGACGUUCCCCAUGGACGAUGACGGGCGACCGCAGCUUGAUCUCUUUCAAGCCUCCGUCGCCGGCGUUCCGGGAAAAGCUUCUGAGAUUCUGCUGGACUUCCUCAGUCCGGCGGGCGCGCGGACGGGAAAGCUGCUUCCAACCGGGGGCGCCGAUCGACCGCGUCUUCACGCGGACGAGGUCAGCUCCCUAUUCCCUCUCGAAGGAUAUCUUCGCGGAGAUAAGAGCGCACUGGACAAUGGAAGCCGCGUCUUGGAAGGCCUGCGCCAGGAAGGAGCGCGUAAGAUGGGUCUGGAUCCCACUGCACAAGCGCAGCCCAAGAUAGCCAUGCUCAGCCUUCCGGACCCCGAGGACGACGCAGACAUCGUAGUGCAUGCUCUCUCGAUGGGCGUGCUGCACAAGGCUGUGCCCAUGGCCCUCGGCCUAUGUUUAGGCGUGGCAGCGAACGUCGAAGGCACGAUUGCGCAUAGGAUUGCUCAGCAAGCGCGAGCGGGGGAAAAGAGGGAAUUCCAAGACGAAGGAUUGGUAAAAAUACGGCAUCCUGGUGGCACAAUGGACGUGGGGGCGGAAUUUGCGGAGGAUGGGUCCGUCAAGAGUGCGCGUGUGGUCAGGACGGGAAGGAUACUGAUGAAGGGAAUUGUGUUCUACUAA